AUGGUGCUGAUUGUCAGCAGCUUCGUGUCGGAUCCACUGGGCAGCAGUUGCAUGCCAACGGCGAGUCCAAAUAAGGACCUGCACGGCAGCUCGGUGCAGGUAAGCUCGAGCUUACAGUCGCCACUGCACCAGCACCACCAUCACCACAGCCAUAGUCCCGGCUCCGUGCAGGUUGCCUCGAUGCCCACUAGUAGCAGCCUCGGGCCUCUGCAACAUAACAACCACCGCCUGCCAAAAUCGGUGAAACGAAAGUUCGAAGAUCACUCGCCCGACCGUUCGGAUUAUCUCGAGGCUUCAACGACAACCAGCAACAACGGCACCGGCGGCAGCCACCACCACCUCAACAGUAUAACGGAUGACCGAAGCGUCGGGGAGUCGAGGGCCUCGAACAGCACCAGCGUCGUCGUUAACAGGCGCUCGCGAAGCAGCCGCGCUCCGUCGGCCAACGCCAACGGUGUCUGCAGCAGCAGCAGCAGUAGCAGUAGCAGCAACAACAACUCUGCCACCACGACCACGAUCACCACAACCACAACCACGGCCAAGAACAAGAACAACAACAACAGCAGUAGCAUUAGUAGCAGUGGUAGCAAUAACAACAACAACAACAACAGUGGCGACAACAACGCGACGGUAGCCAACGACGGCACGAACGACAAUUCGAAGCAAAAAAAGCCGCCCUACAGCUACGUGGCGCUCAUCGUCCUGGCCAUCCGGAGCAGCGAGAAGGGCAGGCUGACCCUCAGCGAGAUAUACUCGUGGAUCAUGACGAAUUUCCCGUAUUACCAGGAGAACAUUAAGGGCUGGCAGAACUCCAUAAGGCACAAUUUGAGCCUGAACGAGUGCUUCCUGAAGGUGCCCAGGGAACCCGGCGCCGAACGCAAGGGCAACUACUGGGUCAUCGAUCCAAACGCGGGCGAAAUGUUCGAGAACAACAACUUCCGGCGACGCAAGCGGAUGAAGCGCGCCCCGCCCAACAACAAUCCGUACAACAAGGCCAUGUACAGCAAUCCCUACCAGUCGGUUCACAUGGGCCACAUCAACGCCUCGAGGAGCAUCUUUAGCCACUCACCGCCUGCUUACGGCUCGGCCACCGCUUACCCUCGUUACGAGAGUGCCUGGAGCCUGCCGCAGCAGCAACAACAGCUCUCGCCGUACGGCUGCCAGCUGCCCCAGCAGUUGCCGAUGCAGCCGAUGCAGAUCCCGACGAUGAACGGCUACAGCCAGAUCGGAUCGUCCUUAGGUGGCACGAGCGGAUCGACUGCAGCCGCCGCGGCCGCGGCUGCCAUCAGUAGCGGGAAUGGCUUCGCUGGGGGCUUUGCUGCCGCGUGCUCCAGGAGGCACGAUCCCACUGCCAUGAGCGUCUCCGAGGCCGUGUCCAGGUGCUCGUACUGGCCGGACAUGAUAAAAGAGGACCCGGGCACCACGCCGUUGUCGCCAAGCAGCACCGUAGGUGUCGCCUCUAACGUGUACAGCUCGACGACGCCCUCGAGUGUUUCAUCGAUCGGAUACUCGCCCGUCGAUUUUCAGGCGCGCUCCAAGUGCUGGUAA